CUGAAAACCAAUAUUCAAUAUGCACUUCAUUGCUUUGAUCGUGGCUGUCUGUGUGGCCCUUGCCGGCGCUUCCUGCCCGUACUCCUCGGGUGGCAUCACAGCUCCUCCCUGCCCCAAGAACUAUCUGUUCAGCUGCCAACCCAAUCUGGUGCCCGCUCCCUGUGCCCAGGAGGCUGCUUCCUAUGGAUCCGCUGGAGCCUACACGGAACACAUUCCCUUCUAUGUGGGAUACCCCAACCACCAGCAAGUGGAGCAAUACCAGGAGAGGAUUGCCCGAGCGGCUCUUAUCGAUGGCCUCCGUGGCUUGACUCAGGGAAUCCAAGAUCAGCAGUACUAAGUACUAGGAUGCACUAGACCUUCAUGAACCUAAAUUUGUACGGACACUUCCACCGAAAAUAAAGUGAAUAUU